CGUACGCCGAGUAGGUGCACGUACAUCGAUCUUUGAUCGAGCGUUUCUCUUCGAGCCGCCUCGAGGAGAGAAGCGUUCGCGGCUCUCGUCGGGGUUCUCUCCCGUUUUUUUUUCUCUUUUCUCUUUCUCUCUCGCACUCUCCCCCUUUCGCUUCGUUUCUGUCCAGCCGCUGUAUCUCUUUCUCCCGUUCUAACGGGGCGAGCGUUGUUAACAAAGUCGUGUGACAUCAAGCUUUUGGCGUUUGAAGGAACGUGAGACACGCACACACGAGCGGGCAGGAUGAACGACAUGGAGGCCUACGGGGACGGAUACAUGGCACCAGAGGAGGAAUGGGAGAGGGAGGGUCUCCUGGACCCCGCCUGGGAGAAGCAGCAGAAAAAGACAUUCACAGCUUGGUGCAACUCGCAUCUACGCAAAGCAGGCACUGCCAUCGAAUCGAUCGAAGACGAUUUUAGGAAUGGGUUGAAACUGAUGUUACUGCUUGAGGUGAUCUCAGGCGAGACCCUUCCAAGGCCCGACAGAGGCAAAAUGAGGUUCCACAAGAUCGCCAAUGUGAACAAGGCCCUCGAUUAUAUCGCCAGUAAAGGCGUCAAAUUGGUUUCAAUUGGUGCGGAAGAAAUCGUUGACGGCAAUCUAAAGAUGACUUUGGGAAUGAUAUGGACCAUUAUCUUGAGAUUUGCGAUCCAAGAUAUCUCCGUGGAGGAGAUGACCGCGAAGGAAGGACUGUUGCUCUGGUGCCAACGCAAGACGGCACCGUACAAGAACGUCAACGUUCAAAACUUCCACCUAUCCUUCAAGGACGGUCUCGCGUUCUGCGCACUUAUCCAUCGUCAUCGGCCCGACUUGAUCGACUACAAUAAACUCAGCAAGGAUAAUCCGCUGGAGAACUUGAACACUGCCUUUGAUGUCGCUGAAAAGUAUCUCGACAUUCCUCGCAUGUUAGAUCCCGAUGAUUUGAUCAACACUCCCAAGCCGGAUGAGCGAGCUAUCAUGACGUAUGUGUCCUGUUACUACCACGCGUUCCAAGGUGCCCAGCAGGUCAAUAUGCGAAAUACGGCAAUGCCUGACGAGAGGGCCGUGAUGACCUAUGUUUCCUCAUACUACCACUGUUUUAGCGGUGCUCAAAAGGCAGAGACAGCGGCUAACAGAAUUUGCAAGGUACUGAAGGUGAACCAAGAGAACGAGCGUCUCAUGGAAGAAUACGAGCGCUUGGCUUCCGAUUUGCUCGAAUGGAUACGACGAACGCUACCGUGGCUUGCGAAUCGGCAGACCGACAAUUCUCUUGCCGGUUGUCAGAAGAAACUGGAGGAAUAUAGGACGUACCGGCGUAAGCAUAAGCCGCCGCGUGUUGAACAAAAAGCCAAGCUGGAGACGAAUUUCAAUACUCUUCAGACGAAGCUGAGGCUGAGCAACAGACCGGCAUACAUGCCUACAGAAGGAAAAAUGGUGUCCGAUAUAAAUAAAGCAUGGAGGAAUCUGGAAUUGGCCGAAAAAACGUUUGAAGAUUGGUUGUUGUCCGAGAUGAUGCGUCUGGAACGAUUGGAACAUCUGGCGCAAAAAUUCAAACACAAGGCGGAUGCUCACGAGGAUUGGACCGCCGGCAAGGAAGAAAUGCUCACGUCCCAACAUUUCCGACAGUGCAAACUAAACGACCUCAAGGCCCUGAAGAAGAAGCACGAGGCCUUUGAAUCGGACCUCGCGGCCCACCAGGAUCGCGUAGAGCAGAUCGCGGCUAUCGCACAAGAACUCAACACCCUUGAGUACCACGAUAGCGCAUCUGUGAAUGCCAGAUGCCAACGCAUUUGCGAUCAAUGGGAUCGCUUGGGUACGCUCACCCAACGUAGACGUCAAGCUCUUGACGAAGCCGAGAAAAUUCUGGAGAAGAUAGACGUUUUACAUCUGGAGUUUGCUAAACGCGCUGCUCCAUUCAACAAUUGGUUGGAUGGAACCAGAGAAGAUCUAGUGGACAUGUUUAUCGUUCACACAAUGGAGGAGAUCCAAGGUCUGAUGGACGCGCACGCUGCGUUCAAAGCUACUCUGGGCGAAGCAGAUAAAGAGUACAAUUCAAUUGUUGGACUGGUGCGUGAAGUCGAAUCUAUAGUUAAGCAAUACCAGAUCCCUGGCGGCCUAGAGAAUCCUUACACUGCUCUCACUGCAAUGGACCUUACUAAGAAAUGGAGCGAUGUUAGACAAUUAGUCCCUCAACGCGAUGGUACCCUGGCUGCUGAACUUCGCAAACAACAAAAUAAUGAGUUGCUUAGACGACAAUUCGCCGAAAAAGCCAAUGUUGUUGGACCAUGGAUAGAACGCCAAUUGGAUGCUGUGACCGCGAUUGGUCUUGGUCUUCAGGGAACUCUUGAAGAUCAGUUACAUCGUCUGAAAGAAUAUGAACAGGCAGUAUACCAAUACAAAACUCAUCUUGAAGAAUUAGAGAAGAUCCACCAAGCAGUUCAGGAGGGUAUGAUUUUCGAGAACCGCUACACUCAGUAUACUAUGGAGACACUGCGUGUCGGUUGGGAACAGCUUUUGACUUCCAUCAAUCGCAACGUUAACGAAGUCGAAAAUCAAAUUCUCACCAGAGAUUCAAAGGGCAUUACUCAGGAACAGUUGAACGAAUUCCGUAGCAGUUUCAAUCACUUCGAUAAGAACAGAACAGGUAGAUUGGCACCGGACGAGUUUAAAUCCUGCCUCGUGUCUUUGGGUUACUCUAUCGGAAAGGACAGGCAGGGCGACAUCGAUUUCCAACGCAUCUUGGCCAUCGUAGAUCCUAAUAAUUCAGGCUACGUACACUUUGAUGCUUUCCUCGAUUUCAUGACACGCGAGUCCACCGAUACCGACACGGCGGAACAGGUCAUCGAUAGUUUCCGCAUUCUCGCUGGUGAUAAGCCGUACAUCUUGCCAGACGAAUUGAGGAGAGAAUUACCACCGGAUCAGGCGGAAUAUUGCAUUCAACGGAUGCCUCCAUACAAAGGACCGAGCGCUGUUCCUGGUGCUCUGGACUAUCGCUCUUUCUCGACAGCUCUGUACGGCGAAUCUGAUCUGUAGAUGUACGUAAUAUAUACAAAAAUCGAUAUUAUCCAUUAUUGGAUAAUGUCGAAAAAAAAGAUGAAAAAGAAAGCGAAUCGAGUAUUCGUCAAUUGACGGAUGAACAAUGCCUAAAAAUUUCUCCUACUAUUUUAGUACUCUAACACAUCAACGUAUUUUCAUGUGGCGAUACGAAGUGGCGUUUUACGAAAACGGAACUCAGUGUGAGAGAGUACGAGACGUACAAUAAUAUCAUUACGCUAAAUACUAAUAAUUGUACGUGCGCAUAUAUACUCGAGGUUAUUGGAAUGUCUGGGGCUAGCAAGAAAGCAGGCGAUAUCAUUUUAACGCAAAGGGAUCUAAGUGUGUCAAAAUAGAUGUUAACUAGAGGAAUAUCUUCCACAUGAAUGGAAAUCACAUAUCAAAUGUACGUACAGAGAAUGAAGAUUUACGUAACUUAUAUAAGUCUGUUAACGCGACAAUAAUGAAUAUCAAACGAAUAUUUGGAUACCUUUCGUUAAAAGGAUAGGAAACGUAGAUAUAAACACGAAGUUCGAAAUUAAUGUACUCUUCUACGAACGUCUUGCUACAUGCUUACUCUUCUAUUCUUUUAUGUAGUCUGGAACGAGGCAAUUUGAAUUUCAUUCUUUUUUUUCUUUUUGAAAUGGUAAGUGCCAAUGAUAGAUAAGAUCUUCCACAAUUCCUUUCUCCAAACUGAAAGAAAUUGUAUUUUAAGCCAUACUUGAGACUAGCAAUUAUGGCAGAAAGGAGAAGCUCACAUAAUUGGAUACGUGCAUAGUUAGUGAGUGCAUUGAUACUAGAGGCUCUCCGUUAUCACUAGAAUAGUACUGCUAGUACUUCUUUUUCUAUGUACAUGUCGGAAUAUUUAUUCUAAAGUUCUAUAUUCUACAUUUUGUAUAUGAUUAUACAGAGAGAUAUAUACAUAUAUUUUUAGACUUGCGAUUUUUGCCAUUGUAGCGUGACACGAAGUUAAUAUAAUGUUUUUGAAUUGAAUUUUUCCGACAGAGCCCUUUGUAGGUUCAUUAUAUUUUAUAAUCGUAUUAUGUUCGUAAUUUAAACGUGUCCCUUUAAAAACUGUCAAAUUUUGCAUCACGUACAUAAUUCUACAGGUGCAUACACUCUGUAAAGCCAUAGAUCAAUGUUCGCACAAACAUUCAAAAUAGGAAUCGCUAAGGUACUAAUAUUCAGAAGAGUAAUAAUGAAGAGUCUUUGCGAGUCUUAACGAUAUACAAAUCGAUUUUCUCGCUAAGUAUCCAGAAAACGUACGCUCGAAAUCGAAAUAUAUAAUGUCUAUAUUUUUUUAAUGAGCGCGACACUACGAAUCUUUAAAACGACAAGCCGUCGCCUUAUAUACUUUGUAAAUCGUAUAUUAAAGAUACGCGAAACGAAUAUGCUGAACGAAGCAAAUUAUUUAUUUAUUUGACUUUAUUAAUUAUUUAUUAUAUCGCUCCGAUAUACAUAUAUCUAUUUUACGAUAGUGAACGGAAUACUUUUCUCAAAGUAUUUAUUUUUAUAAAUAUCCAUAAAGAGCGAUAAGGCGCUAAUUGUAAUAUAGAAUCCACCAUGUAAAUCUCUAAAUCGCAGCUACCAUUUCUCGUAUCGCAUUUUAAAUACAAUGUAGCCUUAUCCGUCAAAAGUGACGUCAGAGUUAUCAUUAUUGUUUGAAUCGUUGUGAAAAGUCAAUCUCUCGAUAAAAAUGCUCGUGUGUGAAAUGCAAUACUUUUCAGCGAAGGUAUACUGUAAGUUUUUUUUUUUCUUUUUCUCUUUUCGUUUCGCUUGUUGCGGCUUUAAUGCGCUUUUCCAUGUCUAUCUUAACGCGUUUUUUGAGAGUUUACUUAAUUUCUCAUUCCUUUUUAUUUUUUUUUCUCGGAGUAGUAUACUAUAUUGGGCACACGGAGAGACGAGUAAUAUACGAGAACUAUACGCCAAACUAUACUGCCAAAGCAGAAAAAUGACUGCUGGAACAGUAUACAUGCAAAUAAACGACACGCUCUUUUUCACAUGUAUACGUACACAUAUGUAAGGAAAACUUACACCAAAAGGGGAAGCGUAUAUUUUAAAACAUAUACGUAUCUAUAUAUACAUAUACAUAUAUUCGAUGCAUCGCGUUAUCGGUAAACGAAUAUUCGAAAAUGAAAAUUGAAUGUUCGGAAAGUUGAUGUCUCCGAAUAUCUUGUUACUGAACAAUUGUCAAAUAUUGUCAUACAAACGAAUACAUUCUCAUUUAUAUAUAUAUAUAUACAUAUAGCAUACACGUACAAUUGUAAUUAUUAUUAUUUUACGAAACAAUAUUUAUGAAAAUGGCGACAAUUCGACAGAAACUUCGCUGGAAUACAAUCGUCUCGCGCUGCAUUACAUUUAUCAGCUACUACUGUAUACUUGUUUUGCCCAUCUCAUCUUCCUAAACUAGAUUAAUAACAAAUAACAUUUGUGAAACGCAAGAAUAUCGGGGAAAAUAAAGAAAUCUUUGAAAAAAUA